AUGCCUGAGGCGAUUCAAAGUUUCCCAAGCUGGUUGCGGGAGUGGGUGGGCAGGGAGCCUGAGCUGCUGCAGAUAGCUGGUCAGAAGCCAUGCCUACUCCAGGAGAACACAUUCAACCAAACCGAGACCUGUGACAACUCGGAGACAUCUGGGCUGCCAGAGCAAGGCUGCAGUCAGUCUAGGACGCCACUUCUCCUUUUAAAAGGAGAAAGCUGUAGAAACCCGCUCCAGCCCCGGGGAAUAAAAGGCCAAUGGGAAACCCGGAGAAACGAAGUCGAAACAGCUCCCGGGGUCCCGGGGCAUCUACUGUCAGCGCAGGCUCUUGACAACUACUUCGGAGGCUGGGCGGAGCCAGCAGGGGUGGAAGCCCUUCCAACAGAUUGUCUCAUGAAAAUCGAGUACCAUACUCUCAAUCCUAUUCCGGGCUGCCCGUCACUCCCCAAGAAAACAUUCGCCUUGAGAACGAAGGAGGCCCUCAUUAACCAAUGCCCAGGCUACUCUGAAACUCAGAGAAACAAUCCUCAGGAAAUGAAGCAAGAAGAUAAAAACAUCUGCCUGAAUCAAACCUCCCAAAUACAAUGUCUGUGGUUUAUCUUCCGUCAAACUCUAUGAUAUUAAACUUAUCUUUUGUUUUAUAGUAUGGAAAUAUAUCAUGUUUUAGUAGAUAUAAUACUAAGGGUGUGACAUUUAAAAGAACACUAAUGUUUAGUCUUUAAUUAUAGAAGGGAUUCUUAACUUAUUUUUGGCAAAUUGCUACUGUUUAGUGUAGGCGCUUUAAUGGGAGAUGAGCAUGGCCCCUCUAACGUCAAUGGAAAUAUCUGCACUGGUGAUGACCACCUUCUGAGCAGGUGCCUUAUCUACACCUGCAGACAAUACUCUAGGGCAAACCUAAAAGUGUAAUAGGGAAGGGAAUUGAAAGAGGAAAAAACAAAGGUUGGAACCAACGACAGCAUCUAAACUCUGUUUAACAGCAAGAAUUUUUCUAUCUGUAAUGAUUCUUCUAACAUUCUUAUAUUUGGCUAAGAAGAAAAUGGCAGCAGAGGAAAUUGUACAAGCAGAUAGUGCCACAAUGAAGCAGUCUGGAAGAAGCUUGUGGAAUGUACAGCUGUGAAUGCACUGUAAAUCCAGCUUUAAAGGUGGCCUAACAGACAACAGCCCCUGAAGUGCUCUGUGCAGCUACCAGACAUAUAUUUAAAGUUGUAUGUAAUGUAUUUCUAAUUUAUUUUGUGAGCACUUUUGAAAGUACACAUGCUGCUUUGUAACGGAUGUAUUUCUUAAUAAAAUAAU